AUGUCUGCGAAAGCUACGAGCUCUCCUGGGAGGGGCGCAAGUCCAGUGGAUAGUCGAAACAAGAAGCGGAGACUAGAGUAUUCGUCAGAGGCACCUUCUUCGAGCGCAGAGCUGCCUUUAGGUCGUUACCUGGCUUCCCCAGGUGAGUCUUGUGGCCUCAUAUGUUCCCUUGCGCGCAUUAAUUGACAGCUGAUGACGGAAACAAAAUGUGAUAAAGACAAGCGAACAAGAGAUCAAGCUUGUCAAAGCCUCACGAGCUUCUUGACUCAACGGAGAGGUCGAGAUGCUCUGCCCGCGGAUGAGAUGGCCAAGCUGUGGAAGGGCAUCUUUUAUUGUGAGUAGGCCGGCUAAGCUGCUGCAAAUCUUGGAUCCUCAGAGAGACAGCAAGAAGGAAAAGACCGGAAGCGUCAGCGCGGCUCGAUUUCCAUCUGGUUGACCAACGACCGCGGCUCCUCAACCUGCCAGGUUUCUGGAUGUCGGACAAACCUCGAGUGCAGCAAGCACUGGCCCAAGAAUUGGCGGAUCUCGUACUUGCUAUACCUCCCACAGAGCCCGGCGAUGCGGAAGAGGUUGAUGCUGAACAAGCUUCUUUACCAGAACCUCGAUGCGCACCCGCUCUCGCCUUUCUCGACGGCUUCUGGGAUGCCAUGAUCAGGGAAUGGUCGGCGCUUGAUAAGUGGCGGUGAGUUUGCUCAUCGGGCGGUGCGAAUGCAGACUUUUUUUCUGCUCCUUGUGAACCUGAAAGUGCUCACGCACUCACUUGCCUUUGCUUCGCAGUAUGGAUAAGUUCUAUCUUCUACUCAGACGAUUUCUGAACGCUGGCUUGAGGUUGGUGGAGAGAGAACGAUGGGAUGCUGCCACCGUCGACGAGCUGUACAAGAUAAUGCGCAAAUCUGGAGGUUGCCUCGAGUGAAUUGCCCUCGCUCGACCGGCGCAUAGGAUAGAGAGAGCUGACUCGUCACGCUUGCACCUCGUCGAACAGCACCAACAAUCCACAAGUGCCGGACAGCAUUGCCUAUCAUCUAGCGGAUAUUUACCUUGACGAGCUCGAGCGAGCACUCACAGCGGCUGGUCGAGAGUCGAGCCCACCGGCCAAAGAACCAGUGGAACAUGCUGCGAUCAGCAAGAGUCGCCCGGUCACACCGCUCGUUCUUCUAUUGCGACCAUUCGUCGAUACGAUCGCGACGACGCAUAAUGCAACGGUCUACACGCGUCUAUACGAGAAUGUCGUCGAGCCGGUGCUUGCCGAUUGCCUUGUGCUAGGUUCCGCUCCAGACGAGGAGCGUUCGUCAUCAACAGAGGAAGAGGAUCUGGCACAUCCUGAAAUCAUCAAAAGUUCGGUCGGUGGCGAAGCAACUUUGGACGCAGGAGAACAUCUGAGGGCGCGAGUAUUUGAAAGUCUGUUCAAAACGGCUAGUCUUCCCAGCGCGAAUGGAGCUCGCAGAGCCAAGCUGUAUCGCCUAUGGGAAGCGGAAAGGGCGAGGUUGGAGGAAUAGAGGCAGUUCUGUUUGCCUCUGGAUAGCCAGGAAGGAUUGGUCGGUCUGCGAAAUUUUGUCAAAUUUUCGAGUUCGCGCGAGCUGAAAAGCUGGUGGAAUUUCCACCGGUAAAAUUCUCAAACGAAAUCGACGGUGAGUUUUUCGAACUUCUCGGUUUGAUCGGCUCCUCUCUAUCACUCCUAUCACCCCAUCACCCGCUCUCAACUCAUAUCACCGAACCCUUUCUCAAUGGUUCGCGUGCUCAACAAAGAGCGGGCAGACCGACGCGAUUGUAAAAUUGCAAAAGCUCAGUUACUCACGUCCGCGUCAACAAAUGUGGCGCGCCGAUGUCCUUUUUCAGGAGCUUACAUUUCAUCGAUUUGCUUAUCCCACAGAUUGUUACCGCGCAACAGGCCGCUUGUUUGCCGCAGAACAGACCUCAUCUUUCGAGUGCAAGGCACUGCUUUUUGCACAUCGACUCGCAGCAUCGACCUAG